GCCGCGCGCACGCAGAGAUCACUCGCCCUUGUUAUUAACGUUAAUAACGUUAUCUCUCGCGGCGUCACUCACGUCCCCAACGACGACGACGGCUGCUGCUGCUGCUGCUGCUGCUAGGAGGAGGAGGAGGACGGGACUGCGGUUCAGGUGCACCGCUGUGAUUGAAAGACAGUGAAGUUUUUUUAAACGCUACGGAAAAAAAGAAGGAGAUGAACCCACAAACGGAAGGAUAUCGCUCUCAUUAGUAGUUAAUCUCUUAAACGUAGUUCGCCAUUGUGUUUUUCUGUGUGUGUGUGUACAUCGGUGAUGGGAUUCCUUCAGGAGCGACCUGCCGCCUAACGUUAACCCCUCUAAAAGGUAUUCUUGCCAAAACAAGGACUUCAGGAUGGACAUGAUGUUUUUGAUGCCCAUUCCGAGAACCCACUAACUUUUGGGAGAUAAACUUUGCAUUGUUAGAGGAUUUAUUACACAGUUGUGGUUCUUUGACGUACUGUUGCUCCAGGAAAAGUAAUGGAGACAGAAGAGAGGGAGGAUGCAUCUCAAAAACCCACAGCCAAUAUAAAGGCAGAGACAGAGGAAGAUGUGACCUCUGGCCACACCUGUGGAGUAUGUGGCCGUAGCUUUCCUCUUCUCAGCUCUCUCUCCCAGCACAUGAGAAGACACACACGGGAGAAGCCGUACAAGUGUCCGUACUGUGAGCACAGGACGGCUCAAAAGGGCAGUCUGAAGGCCCACAUUCGAAGCCAUAAGCUGGGCCUGUUCAGCCAAAACCUCAGUGACAAGGAGGGGGAUGCAGAUCAAGAGCAGAAAGAUAACGCUGAGACACCUGACCCUCCUCCUGAACUUGUCAGCACAUCUGUCAAAGCUCAUAAUGUCAACGGGAAGGUAAAGAAGAAAGGAAACAAGAAAAAAGUUAAGGGUAAAGAUGGCGCUGAGGUCGAUGAUGAGGCUGAUGUUGGGUCCUGUACAUGCAGCAUUUGUGGCCAGGUUUUCCCUCAGGUACUACUCCUUAAAUCCCACAUGAAAAGGCACCGCAGCUCCCAGGAUCACGGCUGCCGGAUUUGUGGACGCCGUUUCCGCCAGGCGUGGUUCCUCCAAAGUCAUAUGCGCAUUCACCGGGUCAAGGCCCAGCUAAGAGGUGGCAAAAGCAAUGAGCCGCCUGCCACCAUCAAUGGAGUUCCACAGGACCCAGCAUCACUGACAAAUGAAGAGUGCCUCUAUGAGCUCUGUGCUGGUUGCGGCAACUUUUUCUCAGACCGCAAAACACUGCGAAUACAUGAAAAGCUACAUAAACUUAACCACAGCCGCACACAAAAUCCACCACAGGAGGAUACUGAAGCCCCUGAGAUGCACGUUGCUAAGAUGCAUUUUUUGGAAAGCCUGAGCCUUGCAUGUGUUGGUCCAAGAGAAAUCUCUGAGGAAAAGAGCCUGGGCAGGCGAAUUCCAGAGCUGGAUCCAGUUUGUAGUUACCAAGCGUGGCAGCUGGCCACAAGGGGACGACUAGUGGAGGUCACAGAGAAGUGUCUGGGAUGGGAGGAGAGGCUAGCAGAUGCUGCGGUGGCAUAUGACACAGAGAAGGGCGAGUAUGUACCCCUGAAGCAGGAGAAGAAGAGGAAGCAAAUAGACACUUCCAGCUCCAACAUAAAGAAGAUGAAGGGUGAUCCAGGCCUUGAUCACACAUCGAACAGCUUGGCUCACACUAAAGGUGGUGACAAGAGGAUUUGCCAGAAGGACCGUAUUUUGUUGAACGGACUUGGUCAUGCAUUUUAUGAGGCGCUGCAGACUAAGAAAGUUAAAGACGUUCACUUCAUACCCAAACAGACCAACAACAUCAGGAGCCAAGACCAGGAGGAUAAAAAACCAUACUUCUGCGAGCACUGUGAUUUCCACACUGUCGAUGCCUCACUACUCAGGUCUCACCUGCUCAGGCAGCACCAGGACGUCCUGGGUCCAUACAGCAAACACAGCACAGCUUUGGACAACAUUAGCCAAAGUGGUUCCAAAGCCUCAAGAUACAUGGACUACCUCAGAAACAGGAGUGUGUUGCUCAGUCAGCCAUACUGGAAUCCUUACACAUGUCCGCCUGGCCAGGGCACUGCAGAGUCAAACAUUAAAACAGAAAAGUCAAAGGCUACUGAGGUCAAAGGGCAGGGACAGACUACUAAUGAUGCUGGAAGUCUCCUUAACCUGUCUUCACUACCCAUAAGCGAAGGAGACAGUGCUGUAAAUUACCCGAUAAAAACAGAGGGCCUGGUGAGACAUCAGUGUCCAUACUGCACCCACACUACCAACUACCCAGAAGUGCUGUGGAUCCAUCAGCGGGUUGCACACAGGGUAGAUGGAAGCAGCUCCAUGGCACCCAAGUGGGCACCCUGCACUAACAGCCCCAAGAGUUUAAAGACAGGUGCUACCCAGUGGAGACGCACAGGGCCUCCACCAUUCCUCGAAGGCAAGGACUGCCCUGCUUUACCUGCUCCAAGAACUCAGCGCACACAGCCUCCAGGUAUCACACCCCACAGCAGCAGCAAGCACUCAGCUCCCAAGACCCAAUCAGGUGUCCCAAAGUCCAAGCAUCAGUCAAAGGACUCGCGCGCUUCACAUGGGACACAGUCUAGUGGGAGGAUGGGACUCCUACCUCAAAAGAAGUCUGGUGGACAUAACCGGGCAGACGAGGGGGGAAGUAAGAGCUCCAGCACCCAAGCUACUUCAUCGAGCAGUACUGUGCACAGCAAGAGUGCCCCUAGUUCCCAGCCUACAAGCAGCCCCAAACACAGAGGCCACAGAGCUGCAGUGGAAGCAAACUUCCCACAGGAAGGUUUGGGUUUUAUGUUGGCCAGAAAUCAUGGCGGGACUUCAUCCAACACAGCUGCAGAUAGACCCCAUCCCCGCAGGCAGCCAUGUGACUCCUCUUCAGGUCCUAAGGGUCCUGAUCUGUGGGCUGCCAUGAACAUGUGGGGUCACAAAGCUUAUUUAGAACCACUCCGUUUUGCUCAGGGAAAGAAUGACUCAACAGGAGAAAUGCCAAUGGACAUUGAUAUUUUGAGUCUCCUGAAAAACUACAGUCCCCACGAUCUAGCUGCUCUUUACCAGCACUGGGGGUUUGUUGAUCCCAGGAUUGAUCCACAAGCACUGUUGCAGUUAAAUGGAAAUUUUGGAAAAGAAGUCCAUUCAACCUCUGAAGCCUCCAAACAAGUGAACAGCCGCUCCACUUCAUCCUCAGGGUCUCUUCAUAAAGGAACGUGAACAUACAGCGUGUUCCUGCAUGACACUACUGCUGUUCUUUAAAGGAACCAGCCAUAACUCCUAAAAAAGGACAGAGGCACUGGAUAAUGCACAACAUAUGCAAAGCAAUGAGGUGGACCUUUAUUAUUUUGUAAUAUGAUUUAAUUUGAAGUGUUACGCAUGCUUUUUGUUUGUUAAAGAGUGUAGAUAUGUUAGUUACCAAAACACACAUGAAUAUAUGUUCUAUGGAAAUGAGGUAGAACUGUUUGAGCCUGUUGUAAAAAAUAAAACUCUUAGUGGGUGGGACCACAGCCUAGGUGGAAAUAAAAUGUGACACUACAUUGACAAGGAUAAAGAGGACAUUAUACUGACUACAGGCCUACAGAUAUCAGUGAAAAUGAGCUCUAGCAGCUGAAAUCCUGGUAAGAAAAACACAAAUUCUUAUGGUUUGUACGACAAUGCCACCAGAAACACUUCAAAAGACUUUUUUACUUCACUUUUACCUCUAUAUAUGUUUUUUUUAAUGGCCUACAAGUUUGUAACAUGCCCUAUUUUGGUUUUUGGUUAAAGGUUUUUAAUGCAUUUGAUUGUCUCAAUAUUAACAAUAUGCUACUGGGUACUUGAAUACAAAUUGAAGCUAAAAUAAUAAUAAUAAUAAUAAUAAUAAUAAUAAUAAUAAUACAGUUCGAAGCCCAUAUUCACAGAAUUAUUCAGAAUGUGCCCUAAGAGUGGACUGUUAGCAUCUGGCAAUUGUAUGGCAAGUGAAAAUGAAUAAAAUAAUGAUCCCACUGUAAGGCACUCUGGGACGGUUUAAUUAGAGUCAAAUAUGAGCAGGCUUUGGCAUUAUUAGCUCAUUAUCCCACACACAUUUAGAGAAACGGGAUGCACUGGUUAUAUUAUUAUUCUCACACUGGAUGUUGUAAUGCUCUUCAGCCCACAGUCACAAGACUUCAACUCAGAUAGAUGCAAAAAUAUUUCUCCAUGAGACUUUUUGAUAUACCUUUUAAGCACAAUACUACAAAACCUUGCCAUACUACAUAUCAGGGUAUCCGUGCCAGUGACAAAGUUAAGUAACUGCUCACCUCCAGUUUACAAGUUGUAAAAUCAUCAAUAACUUUAAUAAAAUCUUUGUCUUUUUGGCCAGUUUUAAAAUCAGAUAUCCAUGUCAAACAGCAGGAGUGACACCUUGGCAAAUCCAUAGCUGUAGCCAAACCCACGGUCCACAACGGGCAAUCAGUUAAUGUGAGAAAUCCAGAGGAAUAUAAAUAAAUUGGUGGCCAUCAUUGUAGCCAGUCUGUCAAACAAGUUUGUGUGUCAAAAUGACCAACAAUGAAAUGUGGUUCAUAAUUCUUAAGUUUGAAAUUGAAAUGCUAUAAUUUGUCCUUUUUUUAUCCUAUCAGAAAGAUAGUGUAAACAGCCGCACUGAUUUCCCAUCGUGCUAGUGAUGUAGCAACUUAAUGCUGUGAUUUUUAGAAGUAGAAACUGUAGCGGUAACAAUUUCUACUGACGUGGCCCUGACUUACAUCGGCCGGUCAAGCUACUGAAAAGACUGCAAAAAUGUUUUUUUUUUUUUUUUAAAUUCACCUCAUUCUCAAUUUGUUUUCAUGUGUUUUCUGUUUGCAGAUUUGUUUAGUAUGUUUAUAUUUUAGUUCUGAUUCAGUGUAUUCAUCUCCCAUAGAGAAACAGUCUAUGCAUUUGACAAAAAGCCAUCAACUUAUGGAUUCUUGGGAGAUCUUGAGAAUACAUAAUUUAUUACUGGAGUAUUGACUUUGAUCUGUGUGGAAAACUGUUUUUUGAUAAAUAUUGUAAAUGAUUGUUUUAUUUAAUGGUCUUUUUUUGUUUGUUUGCUAAGAGUGGAAAUUUUAACACUCAGAAGUACUUGAUAUUUGUAGUAACAACAGAAAAUGUUUUAAAAAAAGGAUUGUUUUCAGUGACAACUGAGGUCAGAGUGCACGCUCCUGCAGGAGGUGUUAUUGAGCCUGUGCUCUAGCUGUCUGUAAAGAUGCUGCUUCAGACAGUGAAUCGGGGGAGGAGUGGCAGGAAACAGUGAGACAGUGCUUGUUAUGCAAGCCUGAACGUUUAUGCAAACUUAAAGCUUAAAGUUGAGCUCUCACUGGGUUCAUUGUUUUGACUAUGUAAACAUGUUUCACAGUUAAUAAUUAUGUUGGUAUCAGAAUUUCUAUUUUCACCAGUUCCUCAUUUUGUCUGACUGUAAGAAUAAUACAAAUAAAGUUGGUCAAUGUAGAUUUA